AUGCAAGGACUGGACAACAGCACCUUCCAGUCUAACAUCCCAGUGUCGGCUGACAUCACAGUGGGCAUAUUUUACUCCCUUUUUGGUGUUUGUUCGCUCUGUGGAAACAGUAUGCUGCUGUAUGUGUCCUACAAGAAGAAGCACCUCUUAAAACCAGCCGAAUUCUUCAUUGUUAACCUGGCCAUCAGUGACCUGGGCAUGACCUUCAGCCUCUACCCCCUCGCAGUCACCUCAAGCCUCGCACACAGAUGGCUUUAUGGAAGGACAGUAUGUGUGAUUUAUGCAUUCUGUGGUGUUUUGUUCGGGAUCUGCUCUCUGACCACUCUCACUAUACUGAGCACUGUUUGCUGCCUCAAAGUCUGCUAUCCACUUCACGGUAAUAGGUUCACUUAUGAGCGCGGUCGUGUGUUAAUAGCAUGCGCGUGGGCCUACGCACUCGUGUUCGCAUGCUCCCCCCUCACCCACUGGGGGCAGUACGCUCCUGAACCCUAUGGCACAGCUUGCUGUAUUGACUGGGCCUGGUCCAAUCACGACUCAGUUGCUCGCUCCUACACCUCUGUGCUCUUCAUUGCCUGUUACCUGCUGCCGUGUGGCAUCAUCAUCGUCUCAUACACACGCAUACUGCUCACGGUCCGAGAGUCCCGCAGAGCGGUGGAGAAACACAUCUCAGUGCAGACGCGCAUGGGAAACAUCCAGGCCAUCAUUGUGAAGCUGAGUGUGGCGGUGUGUAUAGGAUUCUUCACUGCAUGGAGUCCAUAUGCAUUAGUGUCUAUGUGGGCGGCAUUUGGCCAUUUUGAGGACAUCCCGCCCCUGGCAUUUGCCAUCCCUGCAGUUUUUGCCAAGUCCUCCACCCUUUAUAACCCUCUCAUCUACCUCUUGCUCAAACCCAACUUCCGCCACCUCCUCUGCAAGGACAUGCGCUCCCUGCGAGGGGUUUGCAUGCAUCACUGCCUGUGCCAUUGUUUUCCCCGCUGGAGCUACCGCCCAUCACUAGCCCUCAGUCUGCGGCGUCCAGGCCAAUCCAUCUCAGAAUCAAUGGGGGGGCCUGUAGGUCUGUUUCGUUGCCCUUGUGAGAGUUGCAAUGACCCAUUUGAGCAGUUUAAGCACUACCCACGCCGCUGUCCCGUCAACGUGAACACUGUGCAGUUGUCUCUGCAGGACAGCACCGAACUCAAAUUGGAGCUGGAGCCAAAACGAAAACCUAGAGUGAUAAAAGAACACAAACCAAAGAGCCAAUCAAUUGAGUCUAAAAAGUCUGUGCGGGUGAUCGUGAGAGGGCAGAAAUGUUUUGAGAUUGACAGUCUGGAGAUCACCUUGGAAACAGUGUCUGCUCAUGGCAAAACUGCCAAAAAUGCCAAACUGUAA